GUCAAAACCCAAAACGUACCUUCUUCUUCCACACUAGUUCCGAUCAGAGAAUCUCGAACAAAGAGAUUGAAACUGAACUGUUUGAGAUUUUCCGACAAUAACUUAUCUUUGUUCCUCAUUGGAUCUGUGAAACCUCGAAGAAGAACACAACGAAAUCAAUCCGAGGUAAUAAACUGUUGUAGGAGCCAGGAGGAAGAGGGAUGGGAGAGGUUUGGACAUGGAUUAUUUCGUUUUUAAUCCUUAUCACUCUUGUCGGACUCAUCGUCUAUCAGCUCAUUAGUUUGGCUGAUCUCGAGUUUGAUUAUAUCAACCCUUACGAUUCUGCAUCAAGAAUAAACUUUGUGGUAUUACCAGAAUCCAUUCUUCAAGGAUUUUUAUGCGUAUUCUACCUCUUUACGGGUCAUUGGUUCAUGUCACUCCUUUGUGUUCCUUAUCUCUACUACAAUUUCCAUCUUUACUCGAGAAAACAACAUUUGAUAGACGUCACAGAGAUCUUUAACUUGCUUGAUUGGGAAAAGAAGAAACGACUCUUCAAGCUCGCUUACAUUAUCCUCACUCUCUUUCUCACCAUUUUCUGGUUAAUCUAUUCAACGCUGGAUGAUUACGAGGACUGAACCACGCUUGAAGAUACAUCCCUGUGACAGGCGACAACAAACGGUUUGAUCAAACCUCUCUCUUACUACUUGACACUGCGCUUGAUACAAUGGCAUGAGAAGGAAGGUGUUUGUUUCUGUAUGUUAAUUACUGGUUUUGUGGCAUUAGAAAUUUGUGUAAGCCAGAUUUAUAGUCAUUAGAAUUUCAUUGUGGAUCUUUGUGGUGAAGUAAUUGGAACCCUCUAACUGAUUCAGAAGGUUUACUUUUUUUUUUUUUUUU